AUGUCCUUUUGCCCCUCCGGCUUGUCGUCUCGGCCCACCGCGCUGGCAAGUGCGCCCGGCGCCACGCUUGCAAGUGCGCACAGUAUCGUGCAAGUCCCCGUGCCCGCCGUCACACCCCGCCCUGAGGACUCGAAGCGCCCGCCCUGCCGCCCCAGGACUCGAAGUGUCUGCCCCGCCGCCCCCGCCCGCCCUUGCCGUUUGCCCGGCCCCGAGCGCGAGCCGGUUGGCGGCUCGCGCUCGACGCAGCUUCCCCCGCCCGUCCCGACCUGUCGCGCGCCCAUUCCAGAGCGCGAGCCGCCAACGCGGUUGCGCUCGACGCCCCGUUCACCCCGCCCCUGCCGUCUGCCCUUCCCCGAGCUUGAGCCGCCAAUGCGGUUGAGCUCGGCGCCGCGUCGCCUCCCCCACCCUCCGUUCGCUCAGCCCCGAGCACGAGCCGCGAAUGCGGUCGCGCUCGGCGCAGUUACCCCUCCCCUCCCGUUCGCCCAGCCCCGAGCGUAA